AUGUCUGCAAUGGAUACUGGUACGAAUAAAGAGAAUAUUCAGUUUUCUCAUGUGGAGGAAGUCUCUCCAAGCAUGCUCAGUCAAGCUCAUCAACAGUUUCUCCUCGAGAGACAUGGCACCCUAAACUUGGAGCCAAUUCCUUCCAUGUCACCCAAUGAUCCGCUCAACUGGCCACGAUGGAAGAAAUUGGCCCAAAUGUUCUUGGUCGUGGUGCACGCUUUCAUGAACACCUUUGCCGCUGCAUCUCUUAUUUCAGCCUUUGCUGUGAUCGCCGAAGAGUACGGCGUGUCGAUCGAGAAGGCAUCUUACUUGACUUCCGUGCAGAUUCUCUUCCUCGGCAUCUUUCCUCUCUUGUGGAAUCCCCUGGCCGAGCGAUUUGGCCGCCAGCCCAUCUAUCUGCUGUCCACAUUCAUGAUGUGUGUGUUCAAUAUAGCUGGCGGCUUUUGCGAAUCGUAUGGCGCACAAAUGGCCACACGUGUCUUGUUUUCCAUCUUUGCUUGCCCUCCACUGGGGUUUGGAAGCGCUGUCGUGACGGAGCUCUUCUUUACCCAUGAGCGGGCGCAGAAGAUGGGGUGGUGGACUCUUAUGAUCACGCUCGGGAUCCCGCUCGGUCCCAUUGUGUUCGGGUUUGUGGUUGAACAUGCUGGACUCCCGUUGCUGUUCUGGAUUCUGGCCGGCGCGAAUGCUGUCCAAUUUCUGGCCUAUUUGGCCCUCAGGGCCGAAACUCUCUAUGACGGCAGGGACGAACUGGACCCGGCGAUUGCAGCUCAACACCCAUCCGCUGUCUCCUCCCGGAAUGCCCUCACGAUUUCCAAAUUCCUCCGGCCGUUUAACCUUUUCGCUCGUCCUCUGGUCCUUCUGCCAGCGGUCUCGUAUGGUUUCUUUUUUACCUAUGCCAACACCGCGAUCACGGUCGAGCUACCGCAACUCUUCGAGGAGAAGUUGCAUUUCAAUACCCAGCAAGUGGGUUUGCAAUAUUUAUCAGUCCUGGUCGGCGCGGGCCUAGGAGAACAAGUCAGUGGCCCGAUUUCCGACAUGUUUUUGACCAAGUACACGAAAAAGACGGGUCGCCACUGUCCGGAACAUCGGCUGUGGAUCGCCUAUAUCGGGUUUAUCACCUCCAUAGCGGGGAUUAUGGUCUGGGGCGUUCAGCUAGAUAAGAUGGAGCACGAAUGGAAUAUCACACCACUGGUUGGUGCGGCGAUCUCUAACUUCGGAUCUCAGAUCGUCGGAACGACAUUGAUCACCUACGCGGUCGAUUCCCAUGAAGAUCUGUCAGCUCACAUCGGUAUUUUCGUGAAUAUUAUUCGACAGACCUGGGCUUUUAUUGGUCCUUUCUACUUUCCUCCCAUCUAUGAAAGUUUAGGCUUAAUUGGUGGCUCUGGCUUGCUAGUUGGCCUUCUCGUUGUCGUUGCCGUGGCUCCUAUUGUAGUCAUUCACAUUCGUGGCGAAAGAUCACGAGGGGACUAA